CUUCGGGUAAAACCGCUAAGCGGCAAAUAAAUUUUGAUUGAAUGACUGAGCGAUUGAACGACUGAGCAAUCGAGUGUGCGUUUGUUUGCGCCUGGCCCUGGGGUAAAUACGAGCUGUAGCUUCCAAUUUAUUUUUGGGCCAGAUCCGGUUUUUAGUGGCGUUGCCCUUUGAGGCUCGUCGUCGAUUAGUCAGCGGGCAAAUCUUUGGGUCAGUUUUUGUCAGUUUGUUGAAUUUGCUGCUGACCCAAUUAAUAAGUGCAAAUUUCAUAAGCGACCGCCUUAUGCGGAAACUGUGGUGAAAAUUUGUACAUAAACAUCUCGCGACAUCAAGCUGCAGCCCACAUAAAAAAAAAGAAAAAAAAAAACAAUAACAAUACAAAAAUGAAAACAUAAAGCGCUAAUUUCGGACGUAAGAGUUUUCAACAUAUUUCUUUUUUUUUUUUAAUUUUUAAUUUGGGUCUCUUCUCCAUCUCCUUAACUUUGUUAAUGUGCCCCUUUUAGCUUACACGAUUAACACGAUUGCAACAAGCUUAAUUUGUAGCUAAGGUUUCCGCUUAGAGCUCAUCUUAACCUUCGCUGAUACGCAGAAUGCAGUUAAGCCAAAAGAAAAAACCCAAAAGUAAAGCCUUUGACGUCAUAGCCACGAAUUGUGAGCUCUCCGUUUUGUUUUGAGCCAACAAUUCGCAAACAAGCAACAGCAGCCGAGGCAGAGCCAGCCGCAGCGGCAGAGCCAGCGACUGCGACGCCGACUCUGCGCAUGCGCAACUUUUGUAUAAAAUCCAAGGCGCAGUCGAAAGCGAAAUCAGUGAAGAAAACGUUAACAAACGAGGCAGACACAGUGUGGUGCAGUGGUGCAGUGAUAGGAUAACAAAAAUAAAAGGCACAAAGACCACUUACAUAAGGAUUACAAGCGACAUAUUGGAAUAUUUAUAUAAAAAAGCGAAAGCACACGCACACACGCACACACACACACGAUGAGAAUGAGAAUGCGACACAGUUUAGUCUGUCUACUGGUGCUAGCGGCCAGCUCCGCUCUGGUCGCUGCCGACUCCAAUUGGGGCAAUGAGUGGGCGCCCAUGGACGCGCCGGACUCCAUGCUGAGCAGGCGCUCGGCUGAGGCACAGCCCGCGGCGGACGCACAGGGACGCAACUAUGCGGUGCACGAGAGCACACAGAGCAACGCCACGGAAAUCGACACGGUCAUCGAUCAGCUAAUCAACUCGCGCCGUGAGGGCCGCAAUCUGGGCGAAUAUGACGCCGUCUAUGCCGAUGGCAACAUCGAUCAGGCCCUGCAGGAGGGCAACGAUCUGCAGGCGCGCAACCUAAUUCGGGACAAGCUCUGCGGACUGGGUCUGAUGAGCUGCGAUGUGGAGGAGAAGCGCCCCUUCUACUCGACCAUCUAUGCCCAAGGACCACCGCCACCAUCCAGCUUCGGCGGCGGCCCCUAUGGACCAGCCAAGCCCAUGCCACCACCAAGCUACUUCAGUGGACGUCCACCCAUGGGCCCGCCGUCCAACUCGAUUAACUCCUUUGGACCUCCGCGCAAGGUGGGCUAUGAGGGCUCCUACAAGCCUCCGAUGAACAGCCUGUACAGACCUGGCGGUCAGUUCGGCGGCUCCUAUCUGGAACACCCACCAUCCGGCAUUGAUGGCUCCGAUGGCAUCACCUACACCAAGCCCCCACCCGGCUCUAUCAUCUACGACAGCAAGCCACCUGGCCCACUCUACACUGGCUCGCCCAACGGACCCGGACCCAUCUACAGUGGCCCCUCGAACGGCGUUCCACCUUAUAACUUUGAGAAUCCCGAGAAGAUCCAGGGCGCCAGCUCCUCGCUGAACGGCUUCUAUUCCCAGCAAUCGUCAUCGUCGUCUUCGGCAGCCACCUCCUCCAGCACCAAGGUUGUUGUGGGUGCUCCGCUCGAUGCGGGUCUUCAGCAACAUGUCCACCAUCAUUUCCAUCACGUGGAUGCCGGCGAAGGUGCCAAUAUUCCAACUGUUCCCAUUCCCAUUGGCAGUGGUCAGACCAUCAACACCGACUUCAGCGCCUUGGCCCAAUCCUCGGCCACGUACACGCCCCAGGCACAGGCAAGCAGCACCGGCUUCACGCAGUCGAAUGCGUUCACAGCUGGCUUCAAUGGUGCCUCCCAAGGUGGUCUGCUCUCCCAGGGCUAUCCCGGACAGAAGCCCACCUCCGGCUUGGGUAGCUUCGGCAGCAACUCUGGCUUGUCACAGUCCACCUCUAGCUUUGGCCAGAACGGUUUCAGUGGCUCGCCCGGCGGCAGCUAUCACAGCCAAAAUCCCGACUACUACAAGAAGGAGCUGCACAGUGGUGCCUCUAGCGGCUACAACGGCAUCUCCUCGGGCUACAAUGGACAAAACCAGGGUGGUUUGUACCAGGGCGCUGGCGGUGGCUAUGACACGUCCCGUCAACAAAUCGUCGAUUGCCAAUGCGUGCCCAUCAAUCAGUGCCCGGCCGCUGACCGCAUUGGACGCAAAGAGGAUCUGAUUCUGGCCAUCGAUCCCAGAAAUCUGGGCAAGGACAUCGAGGCACUGAGCGACGAUGCUGCGGCCAAUGCCAAUGCCACAGCCAAGGCUGACACCAAAGAGGAGAAGAAGGAUGAGGAUGAGAAGAAACGCACGCGUCGCCAGGCCGACGCCGACAACAACAACAAAGAGAACGACAGCAGCGAUCUCUCAUUGGACGCCCAAGGGCGUUUUGGCGCACUGGGACAAUCCCCGCUGGCACUGCCCGCCCUCCAAGCCAUUGAGCUGAUACAGCGCAAGAUUCUGCCCACAUAUGGGGUUAGCUUCGGUCUGCCCUACCCAUCGGCUGGCUAUCCAGGCGGCUAUCCAGCCAAUGUUCUGAACGACUAUUACCCCGCACAGAAUCCCAACUUUGGCUCGCUGGGCCCCAAUGGCCUCAAUCUGGGUCUGGUCAAUGUUAAUCCACUGGUCUCGCUGCAAGUGAGCAAAACGGAUUACGGCGAGAAUGUGGUCAAGCCACUGGUCAAUCUUCACGUAACACCCAAUGCGAAUAUCAUUCAGAAAGUGGGCGAUUUCUUCAAGAAGACGCCGAGCGAAGUGCACAGCACGCACUACCAUCACCACGAUCACUUCAGCGGCUACGAGCAUGAGCAUCAUCCGCACCACUAUAGCGCACCACCGCCAACACACCACCAUCACGUUUUCGAAAGUUCAGGCCCACACUUUGACGUGGAGAUGGUGCACAGCUCGCCCAUCUUUGAGUACCACAGUGGACCCUCAUUGCAUGUGCCAACGCAGCAUUAUCAUCACGCUGAGCACCACUCGGAGGCUCCAUUCGAGCACUCCUACAAUUCCAUUUAUCCCGACACAUCUCCCGAAGACUUUGGCUCCACUGGCUUUGGCAGCUACGGAGACUAUUCCCAGCAUUACGAGCGCAGCGUCAAUGCCACUGCCCCCGACUGGUCGGCGCCCAAUCGUCGGGGCAAGCAGCUGAAUUUGGGACAAGUGCAUAGCAUUCCCGCUCAAGCGCCUGGCGCUGCGGCGGGCAGUGAUCAUGUAACCUUUCCCCGUGAUCGCAGGCGACGCAGCGUUGAUAAGCCUGAAGAGUUUGAGUUGGGAGCGGAGCAGCGCGCCUACUAUGGCAACCGUCCUGUGGAGAAGACCUGUCGCAUCAACGAGGUCUGCUGCCGUCGUCCACUGCGCCCCCAGGCUCCUCCCCAGCAGCAGCUGGGACGUUGUGGCGUAAGGAAUGCCGCCGGCAUCACGGGCCGCAUCAAGAAUCCCGUCUAUGUCGAUGGUGACAGUGAGUUCGGCGAGUAUCCCUGGCAUGUGGCCAUCCUCAAGAAGGAUCCCAAGGAAUCGAUCUAUGCCUGCGGCGGCACUCUCAUUGAUGCCCAGCACAUCAUCUCGGCGGCCCAUUGCAUUAAAUCUCAAAAUGGAUUCGAUUUGCGCGUGCGCCUGGGCGAAUGGGAUGUCAAUCAUGACGUCGAGUUCUUCCCCUACAUUGAGCGCGAUGUUGUCUCUGUGCACAUUCAUCCCGAGUACUAUGCUGGCACCCUGGACAACGAUCUGGCUAUACUGAAGCUGGAUCACCCCGUCGACUUCACCAAGAACCCACACAUCAGUCCCGCCUGUCUGCCCGAUCAGUAUUCCGACUUCACCAACGCUCGCUGCUGGACCACCGGCUGGGGCAAGGACGCCUUCGGCGAGCACGGCAAAUACCAGAACAUCCUCAAGGAAGUCGAUGUGCCAAUUCUGUCCCACCAUCAGUGCGAGGCGCAGCUGCGCAACACGCGUCUCGGCUACAGCUACAAACUCAAUCCGGGCUUCAUCUGCGCCGGCGGCGAGGAGGGUAAGGAUGCCUGCAAGGGUGAUGGCGGCGGUCCUCUGGUCUGCGAGCGCAACGGCGUCUGGAACGUGGUCGGCGUGGUGUCCUGGGGCAUCGGAUGCGGCCAGGUGAAUGUGCCCGGCGUCUACGUGAAGGUCUCUGCCUACUUGCCCUGGAUUCGGCAAAUCACGCAGAGCUACAAAUGAUUAUUGGAGACAGUGCCCAGAGCGGGGGCCGUCACAGCCAAUGACGACACCUCCGAUCAAUUCGUAUUUCACUUUUGAGCAGCCAUUUCCAUUACGCAACGCACUCUCUGUUGGCCCACGCGUGUUGACUGUUACCGCUCGUUACCGUUACCCCGUCUUGUUUAGGCCUUUUCCUUAUUACCUUGUUAUUAUGAUUUUUUGCUACUUUAUUAUUUGUUGUUAAAAAACACUCUUUGUCGCACUCAGAUUCGAUUGUUGGACAAAUAUGUUAGCGAGUGGCCGAGUUAAGCGCUUGUUGCCUAUUGCUCUCCUCCACUUUGAAGCUCCGAUUCGUGCAUCGUGUAUAAUAGUUGUGUUUAUAUUAAUUAAUUUAUUUUUUAUACUUGUAAUAAAUUAAAAACUAUUUAAAUACAUUAAUUUAUCAAAGAAAACGAAACGACUUUUCAUUACAGUUAUAUAACUUGCUAUGAUUUUAUAUAUACAAUUAUAAUAUAAUCAUGUGUAUUACAUUAUAUUGCAAGUUGUUGAAAUGAAGGGAUUUGUGAAAAGAAAUGGUGGGCCUAUGCCAUUUUGAAUACCUCUUAAGACAAUUAAAAACUAAAAUAUUAGUUAGGAGGACUAACCGCAAUCAAACAAAUAUCUGCAGUACAUGAAAUAAGUAUGAAACGUUGUCGAUCGAGUGUUGCGAAAUCAUUGUGUUUUAUCAAAGUGAGUAAA